AUAUAUAUAUAUAUAUAUAUAUAUAUAUAUAUAUAUAUAUAUAUAUAUAUAUAUACAUAUUAAUCUCUCCCAAGGGUUUUUGUCCUUCUAGGAUUUUUCCCACCGGGUUUUUUUCCUAGGGGGUUUUUAGUCCCAGGGAGAGUCAGCCAACUUUGGCUUAGCUUAGCACUUUACUGUAUAUGUAACACUAUUAAUACGCUUGCUUGUACGGUUUAACCUUAGCCGCUAUGUUCUACUGCUUAUAUUAUCUAUUGAUUUUCUGUGUUCUCCUUUACAUCUACUUAUGUAAAGCUGCUUUGCAACAAUUAACAUUUGUGAAAAGCGCUAUAUAAAUAAAAUAAAAUUGAAUUGAAUUGAAACACAGAGCAUUUAAUACUUUACAAAUAAUGAUAGAAUCUAGAAAAAAUAGGAAGGCACAAAAAAUCAGGAAGUAGUAACAGGAACCAAUUUAUUUCUGUUCUCUUUAUAUUACCACAGAAAGUGAAAGUAAACCAGGUAUAAGUAGACAAUUUGUGCUUCUGUGUUAUUACUGUACUUAGCUGUGUUAUUACUGUACUUAUCUGUAUUCCACAGAUUGGGACAACAUCUGCAUUUGUUUAAAUCAGAAGAAGUUGAAAAAAUGAGUUCCAACUCCGAAGGUGAAACUCCAGAAUUUCAAACUCCAUGGAGAGCUGUGACUUGGGGGAACCCAAGUAAAGUCUCUUUAAUAAGUGGCAUUAAUCAGAUCCAACCAUCCAUAACAAAUCUGAAAUGCUUGAGGGUGAUAAUGGUUGGCCCACCUGGUUCAGGAAAAUCAAGUUUCAUAAACUCUGUUAAUAAUGCCUUUCAAGGACGGAUAACUAGCAAUGCAAUGAGUGAUUCCUGUGGUGGUGGUAAAAGUUUCACAACAGAACAGUACAGAGAAUGUAAAAUGAAAACUGGGAAUACAAAAUUGCCCAUUGUCUUCAGUGAUGUCAUGGGCUUGGAAGCAGAAGACAAGAAAGGAUACCAUCCGGACGACAUCAUUCAAGCCAUAAAUGGCAACAUAAAAUAUGGAUAUGAGUUUAAUCCAGAAAAGCCAAUAUCUCCAGAAGAUCCAUACUAUAAUAAAGACCCGGAUCUCUCUGAUGAGGUCUACUGCCUGGUCUAUGUUUUAGCUGCUGAUAAAAUCAGAUUGGCACAGGAUGAUAUUUUUAAGAAGCUGAGAAACAUUCGUCUGAAAGUUUGUAAGACUUUUGGGUUGCCUCAGGUCGUUGUCAUGACAAACGUGGAUCAAGUAUGUCCUGUGGUGAAAAAUAAUAUAUGGAAGGUCUACCAUAGCAAGAAAAUAAAAGAGAAGAUGGAAUUGUGCAGCAGUUCAUUGGGUGUUCCAAUGUGUCACAUCUUUCCAGUGAAGAACUACCAUGAAGAAAUUGUAUCAAAUGAAUACAUGGAUAUUCUGAUUUUACAGGCAUUCACACAAAUUAUGCAGCUUGCUAAAGACAAUGUAGAGAUUCGUUUAGAAAAGAAAGACAGCCAGAAUGUGAGAGAGAAACAAACAAAAUCUGAGUAAGAAAUAUGACUAUCCUUGUAUGAUAGUUGAAACAAACUUGUGAUGGUGAUUAUUUACAAGUUUGACCUAAUGUGUCUUGAAACACCACUCAAUUUAAAAUAUACAGUUGAUUUAUUUGCAUAUUAAAUUAACACAUUAUUUUUAAUUGGUUAGAGUUCUUUUCAUACAAAUAUAGACUAAUCGUAUAAAAUAAUGAUUAUGUAGCAUGAUGGAGUGUUGAGGAUACAAUCUAUCCAAUAAUUUGAUAGUCCACCAAAUGUAAGGAUAAGCAGGGCACAAACUACUGUAACACAGUGUUAAUUAAAUGGAUGGAUGUUUUAGUUACACAAGCUCAAGCUAUCUGUGUGUUUGGUCUUUUUCUCUCACUGUCAGAUGAUAUCUUGCAAAUUUGUAAAAAGAUUUGAUUUUGUGUUUUUAUUAUGAUAAUGGACAAAGAGUGCUAUUAAAGGAAAUUUCUUCAUCAUAUGCUUUUUUCAGUAUGUAAGUUGUGUGUCACCAAUUCUCUUAUUCACUGACUUGUUCUCCAAUACUAUUUUGAAACAUGUCAGCAAUUCCCUGCAACGGUUAGACCUUUUUACACAGUGGGAUCUGUUGUAUUGUAGCGAAAUGAAAACAAUUUACAAUGAAUUGUAUAAUUUUUUUCAUAAUUUUUUGUAUCAAUCCAAAAUAAAAGCAUGAGGGAUGGAU